ACCUGGGUUUUCUUCCGGUAGGAGGCUCAGCUACCACGCGCAGCGAUCCGCCUGGCCUGGAUGGAGAUCUGUGCGAGCGAUUCAUCCCUCGCGCCUGGCGUGCGAUGGUGAUCUCCCUCCAGCAAUUGAUCGAUCUUGUGAUUGGCGAGUUGGAGCUUAGCCAUGGCAGAUGCAGCUGGGGCGUUUGUGACACGCGCAUUCGAGCGCUUGGCGAAGGAAUCUCAAGGCAAAAAGUAUACAGCGCUCCAGAAUGCCCUCAAAGAAUAUCUAGAUAGAGGCCAAUCCUCAGGAUCCACAGAUGGACCAAAAGCUCCUCCUCCUCAGCAGGAUGCCGAGAGUGAGCCUGGCACACCCAAGUCCACGGAGAGUCCUACUGCUGCUAGCAGUGUUACUUCUCCUAAAAGACGAACCAGCAGUCAGGUGGCCGCGGCAACCAUGGCGGAGGCUGGCGGUACGUUGGAAGUUUCCGAGGCCGACCUCAUUCUACUCCCUCUGCGCCUAGCAAUCGAAACCAAGCAGCCCAAGCUGGUGGAAACGGCCUUGGAUUGCCUUCAUAAACUUAUCUCUUUUGGGCAUCUCGAAGGUGAGGCUGGAGCCGAGGGUGGCAAAAAUGGUGCUAUGCUGACGGAAGUCUUGAACAAAGUCUGUUCAUGCAUCGACAAUUCAGCGACGGAUAGCACUGUUUUGCAAGUGAUAAAAGUACUGUUAACAGCUGUUGCCUCGUCGAAAUUUCAAGUUCACGGAGAGUGCCUGCUGAGCUCUAUCCGGACGUGCUACUCUAUCGUGCUGAACAGUAAAAGCUCCGUGAACCAGGCUACAGCCAAGGCCACACUUACGCAAAUGAUCAACAUUGUCUUUAAGAGAAUGGAAUCAGAGAAUGGGGUUCGUGUUCUUGUUUAUGUUCUUGACUUACACACACAUUAUAAGCAGCCGGCGGAACAUGUUUUAUCUCAACAGAAAAACAAUCCUGAUGUCAAACAGGCUACUGAGCACUAUCGCAGACACGAGGCUGAAAAUUCAAGUCCUACAAGCUCACAGGCUUCCGUGAGUGUGGAGGAACUUCAGCACUUGGCUGGGGAUGCCGAUAUAAAGGGCCUUGAAGCGGCGCUAGACAAGGCAAUUCUGUCUGAAGGUGGAGCGGUUUCCAAUGAGUAUGUGUCGCAUUAUCUUUAUCUGGUACUUAAAAUUUGUUUUGCCAGGGGUAUCGAUUUGAAUAGCCUAAAUGUAGGCCAACGGGAGGCCCUUAUGGUUUUCAGAACUCUUUGCAAGAUGUCAAUGAAAGACGGGGCAGAUGACAUGGUGACAAGAACGAAGAUAUUGUCUCUCGAAUUAAUACAGGGCCUCCUGGAGAGCGUUAGCCCUUCAUUCACAGUGAAUUUUGCCUUUAUAGAUUCUAUCAAGGCUUACCUGUCCUAUGCACUUCUUCGAGCUUGUGUCUCCUCCAACACAACAAUUUUUCAGAAUUCUUGCGGGAUCUUUAUGGUCUUGCUUUUGCGUUUUAGAGAAAGCCUGAAGGCGGAAGUCGGGGUGUUUUUCUCGUUAAUAGUGUUGCGGCCUCUAGACAGCGUUGACACGCCACUUCAACAAAGAUUGUCCGUUUUGAAAAUGUUGGAGAGGGUGUGUACCGAUUCACAAACGCUAGCCGAUACAUUUGUUAAUUACGAUUGCGAUCUAGAAGCCACAAAUCUGUUUGAACGCAUGGUGAGCUCGCUUUCAAAAAUGGCACAAGGUACAGUUAGUGCAGAUCCCGCCCUUGCCCAAAAUACAGCUUUGAAAGGAUCAUCGUUACAGUGCUUGGUCAAUGUGGUUAAGUCAUUAGUACAUUGGACUAAAUCACAUGAUGAUGCCAAGAAAAGAUAUCUGUCUGAUCAUCAGUCUGGAAAAGAAGGAUUGCACGCAUCAACACAAGCGGCUGAUAUUAAAAAGGCUAAGGCUCAGAAAUCGACAAUGGAAGCUGCCAUAGCGGAGUUUAAUCGUAAUGCGGCCAAAGGCAUUGAGUACCUUGUGACAAACAAGCUUGUUCAACGCGAUCCAGGUGCAAUCGCACAGUUUUUAAAAACGAUGUCGGGUCUAGACAAGACUAUGAUUGGCGAUUAUUUGGGUCAGCACGAGGAAUUCCAGGUGUCUGUCAUGCAUGCGUAUGUUGAUAGCUCACAACUACAGAACAUGAAGUUUGACCAAGCCAUUCGGGAGUUUUUGAGGAGUUUUCGAUUGCCUGGCGAAGCUCAAAAGAUUGAUCAUAUAAUGGAGAAAUUUGCCGAAAGGUACUGCCGUUGCAACCCGGGGCUCUUCAAAUCUGCCGACACAGCUUAUGUUCUGGCAUAUGCAGUUAUUAUGCUCAACACGGAUGCCCAUAAUCCUAUGGUCUGGCCAAAAAUGUCCAAAGACGAUUUUGUUCGUCUCAACACAGAGAGUGAUGCCGAGGAGCACCCACCCGUCGACCUUCUCCAGGAGCUAUACGGUUCUAUUGUGAAAGAGGAGAUCAAAAUGAAAGAUGCCGAUUCAACGAAGAAAGACAACGCGGAAGAAAAAGGGCGUCUUGUUAGUGUCUUGAACCUUGGAGUUUCGAAAAAAAAAACUGCUGCAGAAGCCAAGCGUGAAAGUGAGGAAAUUAUUCGAAGAACUCAGGCAUUGUUUAAGCGGGCUGACACGAAGAAGGGAACAUUUCACAAGGCAACUCACGGGGAGCUUGCCCGGCCUAUGCUUGAAGCUGUCGGAUGGCCACUACUUGCAGCUUUCUCGGUCACGAUGGAAGAUAACGAGAAUAAGCCUCGGGUCCAACCUUGCAUGGAAGGAUUCCGUUCUGGUAUUCAUCUGACGAAGCUUCUUGGGAUGGACACUCUCAGAUACGCUUUCCUAACAUCUUUAAUACGCUUUACGUUUCUUCAUGCUCCAAAAGAUAUGCGAAUGAAAAAUGUGGAGGCAUUGAAGACGCUGCUUGGAAUAGCUGAGACCGAACCGAAUUGUCUACAAGAUACAUGGAACGCCGUUUUAGAAUGUGUGUCGAGGCUCGAGCACAUAACGUCGUCACCUUCAAUCUUGCCGACCCUGAUGCACGGGGCAAACCAGAUCUCGAGAGACGCUCUCGCUCAGGCGCUCAUAGACCUUACUGGAAAACCGACUGAGCAGGUCUUCGUUAACAGCGUGAAGCUCCCCAGCGAUGUGGUUGUGGAAUUUUUCACAGCCUUAUGCGGAGUUUCCGUCGAAGAAAUGAAGCAGGUACCUCCCCGGGUUUACAGCCUUCAAAAGCUUGUGGAAAUCAGCUACUACAAUAUGGCCCGUAUCAGAAUGGUUUGGGCCAAAAUAUGGUCCGUAUUAUCACAGCAUUUUGUAGCUGCUGGCAGUCACCACGAUGAAAAAAUCGCCAUGUAUGCGAUUGAUUCACUACGUCAGUUGGGAAUGAAGUACUUUGAACGGAAAGAGCUGGCCAACUUUUCCUUUCAGAACGACAUAUUGAAGCCAUUUGUCGUUCUUAUGCGCACUAACAAAAGUACCGUGGUGCGGGGUCUUAUUGUGGACUGCAUUGUGCAGAUAAUCAAAUCUAAAGUUGGAAGCAUAAAGUCCGGCUGGAAAAGCGUGUUUAUGGUAUUCACAACAGCUGCAUAUGACGAUACGGAAGCAAUCGCUGAUUUAGCAUUUGAGAAUGUCGAGCAAGUUGUGCUUGAGAAUUUUGAUCAAGUCGCAGGAGACUGCUUCAUGGAUUGCGUCAACUGUCUUAUGGCUUUUGCGAACAACAAAACUAGCUCUCGAAUAAGCUUGAAAGCAAUAGCACUUUUACGUAUAUGCGAAGAUCGCCUUGCCGAGGGACGGCUACCAGGAAUCAAUUCGAAGGCUGUUGAAACAGUUGGCAAGGGAGCCGAUGUGGACGUCUCUGAAUACUAUUGGUUUCCCAUGCUCGCUGGGCUUUCCGACCUCACUUCCGACCCACGGAUUGAAGUCAGAAACUGCGCUUUAGAAGUCCUGUUCGAUCUUUUAAAGGAACGUGGACAUCAGUUUUCAACGUCGUUCUGGGACAGCGUAUUUCACCGUGUGCUGUUUCCAAUAUUUGAUUAUGUGCGUCAUGCUGGAAAAGACGGCGACCGGCAGGCAUCAGCAGAGCAGUGGCUUCGAGAGACAUGCAUCCAUUCUCUCCAGCUCCUUUGCGAUCUAUUCAGUAGCUUCUACAAGGAAGUCUCGUUUCUUUUGCCGUCGUUGUUGGCAUUGCUUCUGGAUUGCGUCACACGGCCAGAUCAAGCCCUUGCCGGCAUUGCUGUUGGUGCUCUAGUCCGUCUCACGGAGAUUGGAGGUCAUCAAUUCGCUGAAAAAGACUGGGCAACUCUUCUAGACAGUUUAAGAGACGCGUGCUAUACUACUCAGCCGGUGGAGCUCCUGAGUCCAGACGGUCUUGGAUUUGAUGUUCGAAGGUCGGGGAGUUUGACAGGUCAGAGGACAGACAACUUGCCCCUGGGAGCUCCAGCUGAGUGGGACGUAGAAAGCCAGGACAGCCACCAGAGUGGUCAGGUCUCUGGUGAUAGCAAUGGUGAGCCAGUGAAACAAAGUGGAAGGUCGAGUUUCGAUAGCAGAGCUGACGGUGAUCCUCAUGAAACACCGUCUCAUGCAGAGGCGGAAGGAUUUACUCCUACGCCGCCAGCUUCUGAGGAAGGAAAAGGAGGCCUCUUCGGGGGCCAUACGUUAGGCCGAAGACUGGUUGGCAAUAUGGUGGACGCAUUUUUGAAGAAGAACUUAACUUUCAAAGGCAGAUCCCGAUCGACUGAUAGUCCAAGUCCUCCUCGUGUCCAGUCGAGUGACGCGGAGGAAACUAGUCUCGCUAGUAUCGAGGACGCGGCGCUACAGCUUCCGAUCGUUAGAAGCAAGUGCUUGACGCAGUUGCUAUUGCUGAGAGCUCUUGAAAGCAUGCAGGCAAAGCACUGGAGUCUGCUAAGCACGUCGAACAAAAUCCAGAUUAUGGAUACAUUGUUGUCAGUGGUGGACUUUGCGGCGACUUACAACUCAGAUGCUAACCUUCGCAUUCGUAUCCAGCAGUUUUCUGGCGAAAUGCCGCCUCCAACGCUUCUCCGACAGGAAGUUGAAGGAACACGGAUAUACCUGACGCUGCUCAACCAAGCCGUGUUGUCUCCAGCGGAUGGAAAUCUUAAAGAGGAGGCAGAGCGGCGUCUCGUAACCUUUUAUUCCCAUAUACUGAAAGAAGCGGUGGCUUUGAUCCCGGCUCCCGGGGAGCCUAUCCAAGCUGAGGCUCACUACUCUCUCAGCUUGCGCUCUUCAGUGGUCGUCAAGGUGCUCAACUCGUUGUCCGAGAUGGAAGGCGAAAUGUUCAAGAGACAUCUCUCGGAGUUCUACCCAUACUUCACAAAGCUUAUCUGCAGUAAUCAAAUGGAUGUGAGAAAAGCGCUGGGAGAGCUUUUCAAGCUUCGCCUGGUCCCUUUGCUGCCUUCAUCAUGAACGAACGACUUCGGCAACGGGCCCCGUUUUUUUUUAGUGCUUGCACUUUCUGGAGAAGCUGAUUGCUGCAGCAGCCUGCACCAAGAAGACACUCUUAUUGUAAACUAGUGUAAGCAUCGGUUUUUCCUUCUGUUAUUCUCAGCAGUCAGCAAUUGUCUACAAUGUUGCAAUUCUUUUAUGAAGAUGUUAGAGCUCUUCUCGUUC